UUAGUCUCAUCUGUGCAUCGCGUUAAAAAAUUGGGUUACGGAAGUAGCUGCUGAUAUAAAGUGUAGUGUAGUGAUUUUUACGUGAAUUAAAACAACAAAUAACAAUGUUUACAAAAACCUUAAUAUCAAUAUUCAUAUUUACGUUAGCAUCAAUAGAUGCAGCAAGGAUUCUUGUUAUAAUACCAACUCCAGCUAUCAGUCAUCAGUACGGCUUGCGUCCAAUAUGGAAGGAACUGUCUUUGCGAGGCCACCAUGUAACACUAGCUACUUCUGAACCGAUGAACGAUCCUGCAUUACCAAAUCUUACCGAAAUAAGCCUAAAGAGUUCCUACAAACAUCCUUUAAUGUUGGAAUUGUAUAGCCAAAUGGCCAACGCUUCGAAUAUUAAGAUAUUGGACAUCAUCCACAAAAUGGCAGAAACAGAACUGGAUAUCCACCUUUCAACACAUUACAGCCAUCUCAUUAAGAAUGAAACCCUAUUUGAUGUGGUUAUUACCGAAUACAUUAUAGGUGAGUUUCUGGCAUUUGCUGAUCUGUACAAUUGUCCUGGCAUACUAAUAUCCUCUUUUGAAGUGACUGCCUUGCUACACGGCUACUUUGGCAACCCAGCAAAUCCAGUUGCUCAUCCAGAUAUGUUUUUACCAUUUGUUGAAGGGAAGCUGAGUUUUAGCGAAAGAAUAGUUAGCUUCAUCUACAAAUAUUUGUAUUAUGUUUAUAAAGUUUCCGUGGCUAAUCCCAACAGGCUGAAAGUUUUACAGAAAUAUUUUGGAGCUAGUGUCAGGGAUCCUGAAGAGUUCUAUACGAAAGCGGAUUUAUUAAUGUUGAAUAUUAAUCCUAUACUUAACAACGUCAGGCCUCUUGCACCAAAUGUUAUUACUUUCGGGGGAGGUAUUCACAUUUCUCCGCCAAAACAGUUACCAAAGGAUCUGCAAGACUACCUGGAUAGUGCCACAGAAGGCUGUAUUUAUUUCAGCUUGGGAUCGAACACCAAAAGUGCGUUUAUGGGAGAGAAGAAAAUAAAGAUCAUUAUGGAAGCUCUUGGUGAAUUACCCUAUAAGGUGUUGUGGAAGUUUGAAGACGAAGGUGUUGUUGUACCGAAAAAUAUUAAACUUGUCUCGUGGGUUCCUCAGCAGGAUGUAUUAAGACAUCCCAACAUAAAAGUAUUCGUGACUCAAUGUGGAAUGCAAUCUCUGGAAGAGGCUGUCGUGAAUCACGUCCCCAUGGUUAUGAUGCCAAUGUACGGUGAUCAGGAAGCAAACGCAAAACGAAUGGAACUGAAAGGAAUAGCAAAAAUCGUACCACAUAAACCAUUACCUGACAAAGAGUCCUUUAAAAGUGCUAUAAUUGAAGUCAUUACUAAUCCUAGCUACAAGCAAAACAUCAUCAAAAUUGCAGAAUUACUACUUGAUACCCCAAUGACAGGAGUUGAGAAAGCUGUGUGGUGGAUUGAAUACGUUAUUAGGCAUAAAGGAGCAAAGCAUUUAAGAGUUACUGAUGUAGAUGUUCCCUUUUAUCAAUAUUACUGUUUGGACGUUAUAGCUACACUAAGUUUAGUUGUGUAUAUAUUCUUUAAAGUUAUCUGUAUUGUACUUAGAGCACUUAAAAAACUUGUAUGUCGUAAAAGUAAGGUUGACAAGAAUAAUAACAAAAAAAUAAAAAAGAACAACUGAAGAGUUGUAAAUAAAUUCGUAUUAUUUAUUUAUUUAGCGUAUGGUUAUAUCCUACAGCUUCUUCUUAAAGUACAAUCUCCAUAACGGAGGUCGACAAUCAUCAUAGCUAUUCGGACUGUAGGGACGGCUGCUCUGAAAGGUUCAUUUUAUGUACAUCCGUACUUCUCUCAAGUUGCGUAGCCAUGAUAUUAUACGUCCCCGUAUGCUUAUUUUUCCUUGUAUCUUUCCCUCUAUAAUGAGUUGGAGCAAGUUGUAUCUCUCUCUGCGUGUAAUAUGCCCUUCUUCUUCUUCUUCACGUGCCAUCUCCGCGACGGAGGUUGGCAAUCAUCAUGGCUAUUUUGAUUUUAGAUGCUGCUGCUCUGAAUAGUUCGGUUGAUGUGCAUCCUUACCAUUCCCUCAAGUUACGCAACCAUGAGAUUCUUCUUCUUCCUACACUUCUCUUGCCCUAGAUUUCUCUUGCCCUGGAAUAUGUCCUAGAUAUUCCCAUUUUCUGGUUUUGUUUGUAUUUAAUACUUCCAUUUCUUUAUUCAUCGGUCUCAGAGCCUCUUUGUUUUUCGAUUUUUUUGCACCGCAGUGUAUUUGCUUUUUAUUCAAACUGUCUAAGUUGAUUGCGCCAUACUCUGUUAAAUGCCUUUUUAUAGUCUAUACAAUAGGCAUGCACAUCUUUAUUCACAUCCAAAUAGUGUAGCAUUUUGCGAAAUAUGAAGUGUGUUUCUUAUGCUAGAGUCAAAUUUUUAUAGGUGAAAUCAUACAGUUUCGCGGUACUGUUUUUGUUGCGCUAGUUACUAGCACUGAGAGAGGAGAACAGUACGUGUGUUCUUUUUGAAAAUCAAAAUCAGAGAGAGAGAGAGAGAGAGAGAGAGAGAGAGAGAGAGAGAGAGAGAGAGCGAUAUUCGCAUCUGUUGCAACUUCGAGUAAGUAACUAAAUAGUACAAAGGACUAAUAGGACAAAGAAACUUUGAAUACCUUCAAAUAAAAAUAUAUAAUUUGCUUCCUCAAACAUACAAAACCUACUUAAUUACUAUAAAUUCCUUUAAAUUAAUAAAGCGCAUAUUUCAGACGUAUUUAAAAAUAAAUAAUAGAAAAAUGUUUAACCAUCUUUUUGAAUAAAUAAAUAAUAUAAACCUGUAAACCUAUAAUUAAACACAAAAAAAAUAAAAAAUAAACGCUCAAAAAUUGAUGAACUUCACUUCAUACCAUGUUCUUUUUGUUUAUAUUAAUUUGUAUUGUUCUUGCAUGUAAAAAUUUUACUUCUUAAAAAUAAUAAUUAUUAUAUCCAACACAAUAAAAUAAUUGUUAUGUUGUAUAUCUAACACAACUAUACUAAAAUGGCCCAUGCACAACUUAAUUGUUUUAAUGGGUUCUAUGGUUUGUUUGCGUUGAAUACAUAACAACAUAUCUAAAACACAUAGAUAUUAUAUUGCAUAAUAAUUAUAUAUUUUUUUAUAUGUGUAUAUUUUUCAAGUGAAUAAACGUUAUUAUUAUUA